CCAAGCCCACACAAACCCACCCAUAACGGAUUUCCACACCGCAAUCAUGUUUUCCGUCCCCGGCUGGAACGUGUCUGCGUCCGUCGCGACACAAGUCGAACAGUCGAAGCCCAAAGACCCGAACAAGCUCGGCAAGAAGGCACAGAAGCGACAGCAGAAGCCAGUGCAUGAUGCGAUUGGAGAUAAUCUGGGGGAGCUGCUGCAGAAGGCCAUGGAGGAGAAGACGCCCACGCUUCAGGAUGUUGUGGAGCCGGUGCAGAAUGAAGUAGAGGCUACUGGUGAUGCGACGGAGGAGAAGCGUGGGAAGAAGAGGAAGAGAGGUACCCGAGGGAAGAAUAGCAAGGCCAAGCCCGACGGUGCAGAUGGCGAUGCGAGCGCGGCAAAGCCAGACGUCGUGGAGGAGGAGCAGGUGCCUGUCCAGGUUCCAUCUACCGAGAAGUCCACGACCACAGACGGCGAAUCCAAGCGCGACAAGAAGAAGCGCAAGAAGGAGCAAAAAGCCGACACCGCAUCUGCAGCCCCCGAAUCCACCGCCAGAGACCCCACCGCGCCCGUCUCCCUCAUCCCCGAGCCCCAAGGCCUCACGCCCCUACAAAAGUCGAUGCGCAGCAAGCUCGCCAGCGCCCGCUUCCGCCACAUGAACGAAUCGCUCUACACCAAACCCUCCGCCGAGUCCCUCGACCUGUUCAAAACCGACCCCUCAAUGUUCGAAGACUACCACCGCGGCUUCGCCCAACAAGUCGAAGUCUGGCCCUCCAACCCCGUCGACAGCUACGUAACCAGCAUCCUGUCACGAGGCAAGCUCCGCACAAAAGACCCGUGGAAAGACAAAAAGCGCCUCGCCAAAAAAGGCCCCCAACAAGACGCAGAACCAGACUCCACCCCCACCCUCCCCCUAAAAGGCGACGCAAAGCCCCUGCCCAGAAACUUCAAAAACCACUGCACAAUCGCCGACCUCGGCUGCGGCACCGCCUCGCUCUCCUACCGCCUGCAGUCCCACCUCAAACCCCUCGACCUAACCCUACACUCCUUCGACCUCGCCAAACCAACCGGCCCCUCCGCCUCCCUCGUCACAGUAGCAGAUAUCUGCGCCCUCCCCCUCCCGGACAACUCAGCAGACGUGGCCAUCUUCUGCCUCGCCCUCAUGGGCACAAACUGGCUCGCCUUCAUCGACGAGGCAUAUCGCAUCCUCCGCUGGCGCGGCGAGCUGUGGGUCAGCGAGAUAAAAUCACGGUUCGGGCGCGUUGACUCCUCCAAAAAAGGUGCACAGAAGAAUAAAGUCCCGAUAAACUCCAUCGGCUCCCUGCGCAAGAAACCAGCCAAGAAACCUAAAGCGAGCGAUGCGCCUGCUGAAGGCCCCCAGGACUCGGCCGACGAGACGGAACUCGCCGAGCGCGUUGACGGCCAGGAUGUCAAGGAAGGAACGGAUAUAUCCGCCUUCGUCGAGGUCCUGCGCAAGCGUGGGUUUGUGCUCGACGCCCUGCCUGAGAGGCCGGGGGAUGCGGUGGAUUUCGCGAAUAAGAUGUUUGUUAAGAUGCAGUUUGUUAAGGGGGCGCAGCCGAGUCGGGGGAAGAACGCUAAGGAGGAGGGUAGCACUGGUGGUGGAGGGGGUGCGAGGAAUAUGAAGUUUGGCAUCAAGGGGAAGAAGUUCAAUGUUGUGGGGGAGGAUAAGGAGGUUAGUGCUGAGGCGGAGGGGAAGACGCUGAAGCCGUGUUUGUAUAAGGUUAGGUGAGGGGGGGAGUAUGUGAUGUUGAGAAUCAUGGCUUCUGGCUUCUUGUCAAUGCGAGGUUAUCAUCAUUUACUGGGGGCGAUAGAAGUUGGAGGCAGUCGAAUGAUCACAUGUUCGAUCCGAUUGGGUCUAGUAAGAAUUCUAGGAUGAU